UGUCCACCAACAAAAAGGGAGGUAAACAGUGUAAAAUAUGGACAAAGGUACAGUAUAAAAAGGGGCUAUGGCUACCAAAGUGUGAGAAAAACGGAAACCAAACUACUAAGAAGAAGAUGAAGAGUAGGAUUUGGACGAUCGGAGUGGCGAUUACCACCUUAUUAGUAUUUGGUAGUUUAACGAGCAAGGCAAUGGGGCAGCGGCGCCCGCCGCCACAAGUGCAAGAGGCACAAGUCCCUUGUUUCUUCAUCUUCGGCGACUCGUUGGUCGAUAACGGCAACAACAACGGCAUGCUCACCCUCGCCAGGGCUAAUUACGGCCCCUACGGCAUCGAUUUCCCCUUGGGCGCCACCGGCCGCUUCACCAACGGCCAAACCUACGUCGACGCUCUCGCUCGGCUGCUAGGGUUUCAAAACUUCAUCCCGCCGUUCGCCAGAGCUCGAGCCCCGCGGGAGGUGCUGAGGGGAGUCAAUUUCGCUUCCGGCGCCGCCGGCAUCCGGGAAGAAACCGGCAACAAUCUCGGAGAUCACGCUUCGCUGAGCCAGCAAGUGACCAACUUCGGCAACGUGGUGCAAGUGAUGCUUCGGUACUUCCGAGGGGACACUUCUCUCCUCAAUUCCUACCUCGGCCGGUGCAUCUUCUUCUCCGGCAUGGGGAGCAACGACUACCUCAACAACUACUUCAUGUCCAAUUUCUACACCACCAGCUCCGACUACACUCCAAAGGCGUUCGCCUCCGUUCUCCUCCAAGACUACGCCAACCAGCUAGCCAAGAUGUACACGAUGGGAGCGAGGAAGGUGAUCGUGACCUCGGUCGGGCAGAUCGGGUGCAUACCUUACCAGCUGGCUAGGUACACCGCCAACAACAACACCAACAACAGCAGCCGGUGCAACGAGAAGAUUAACGACGCCGUCUCCUUGUUCAACUCGGGUUUGAAGAGGCUCGUCCAGCGCUUCAACGGUGGGACGGAGCUUCCCGGAGCUAAGUUCGUUUACCUCGACUUCUACAAGAGCACAAGCGACUUGUAUCGCAACUCCUCCCAAUACGGGUUUGAAGUGAUAGACAAAGGGUGUUGUGGAGUUGGGAGGAACAACGGCCAAAUCACAUGCCUGCCGUUGCAGCAACCGUGCCCGGACCGGCGGAAGUACCUGUUUUGGGAUGCCUUCCACCCCACGGAACUUGCCAACGUCUUGUUGGCGCAGUCGUCGUUUUCAACUCAAUCUUUCACUUAUCCCAUCAACAUUCAACAACUGACUAUGGCUUGAUGAGAAUCAAUUCAUCAGUUUGAUCAUAUUAUAAAUAAUUAAAUAUAUAGUACGGCUUGAUGAGAAUCAAUUCAUCAGUUUGAUCAUAUUAUAAAUAAUUAAAUAUAUAGUACGUAGCAUAAAACACAAUUAUAUGUGUACUAGUGUACAACAAUUUGUCCCUUAUUGUGUCCAUGAGUUAUGGGGUUACAAUAAUAGUCCUCUAUAUAUAUAGUACGUAGCAUAAAACACAAUUAUAUAUACAUUGCUAUAUCUUUGAAACCUUCAACGUUAACUCCAAACAAUGGAAGGACAAUACAAAGAACAUUAUAUAAGAAACAUAUAUGACAAGAACUUUGUUAACAAAUAACAAAGUAACAAUGACUGU